GGGGCAAGCUUAUGAAUGGCGUAUUUGAUUGCUUCAUCUUCAUUUGAUACCAGUACCGUUGGUCUAUAUAUACGUAUAAGCAUAUAUAGCAUUCCAGUUUUUCUUCGGAGUUGACAUUUGUGCCUACACUCUCACAUAUGGCUGAGCUAAUUGGAACAGAAUCAGAUGGUGCAGAUUCCAUUAGAAAUGAGUCAUCAGAGCUAGAAAGGAGCCUGAGAUCAUCAUUUCGGCUUCAGGGAUCGAGUUUUCGAAGCACUUCGGCUAUAAGCACUACAAAAGAUGAUACCAAUGAUGAAUAUGAUCUCCAAUGGGCUGCCAUUGAGAGGUUACCAACUUUUGAGCGGUUGAGGUCGUCACUGUUUGAGUGUGAGAUUGAUGGAAGGGCAGUUGAUGAUAAAGGAAAGAAAGUGGUUGAUAUUUCCAUGCUUGGUGCAUUGGAACGUUAUUUUUUCGUAGAGAAGCUCAUCAGGCAUGUUGAGAAUGACAACCUUAAUUUGUUGCGCAAGAUCAGAGACAGAACGGAAAAGGUUGGUGUCAAAUUGCCCACCGUAGAAGUGAGAUAUCUGAAUUUAUGUAUUGAAGCAGAUUGUGAGAUAGUUCAAGGAAAGCCCCUGCCUACUCUCUGGAAUUCCCUAAAGAGCACGCUUCCUGGUAUUCCUGCAAUGCCAGGUUCAGAGUCACGUAAGGCCAAAAUAAGCAUCAUUAAGGAUGUCGGUGGAAUUAUAAAGCCUGGAAGAAUGACUCUAUUGCUUGGACCGCCUGGAUGUGGGAAAACUUCCUUUCUAAAGGCUCUUUCAGGGAUUCUAAGCAAAUCACUCAAGGUCACUGGAGAAAUAUCAUAUAAUGGCCACAAGCUUGACGAGUUUAUCCCCCAAAAAACGUCUGCUUACAUAAGCCAAUAUGAUCUGCACAUUCCAGAAAUGACCGUGAGGGAAACACUGAACUUUUCUGCCCGUUGUCUGGGUGUUGGAAGCCGAGAAGAUAUCAUGAUGGAGAUCAGCAGAAGGGAGAAGGAAGCAGGAAUUGUUCCAGAUCCUGAUAUAGAUACUUACAUGAAGGCAAUUGCUCUCAAAGGACUUAAAAGAACUCUUCAGACAGACUACAUUUUAAAAAUCCUAGGGCUGGAUAUCUGUGCAGACACAUUGGUUGGAAAUCCCAUGAGAAGAGGAAUAUCUGGUGGUCAAAAGAAAAGAUUGACUACAGCGGAAAUGAUUGUUGGCCCAAAUAAAGCUCUAUUCAUGGAUGAAAUAACGAAUGGCUUGGACAGUUCGACGGCCUUUCAGAUUGUUUCUUGUCUUCAGCAACUAGCACAUUUGACAGAUGCCACCAUACUGGUUUCACUUCUUCAGCCUGCACCAGAAACAUUUGAUCUCUUUGAUGACCUUAUUCUGAUGGCUGAAGGGAAUAUCGUGUACCAAGGUCCUCGUGACCAAGCUCUGAAGUUUUUUGAGGACUGUGGAUUUAGGUGUCCUGAAAGAAAGGGGGUUGCUGAUUUCCUCCAAGAGGUUAUAUCUAGAAAAGACCAAGCACAAUAUUGGCAGCAUCCUGAGCUACCGUAUAGUUAUAUGUCGGUCAAUAUGUUCUGUAAAAAGUUCAGGGAAUCUUAUUGUGAUAUGAAGCUAGAUCAGGAGCUUUCAGACACAUUUGAUAGGUCCAAAAUCCAUAAAAAUGCUCUUUCUUUUAAUGUAUACUCUCUGUCCAGAUGGGAACUUCUGAGAGCAUGCAUGGCGAGGGAACUUCUUCUCAUGAGGAGAAAUUCUUUUAUCUAUGUUUUCAAAUCAGUGCAGCUCAUUUUCACUGCAUUUAUCACAAUGACUGUAUUCUUGCGGACUCGGAUGGGAAUAGAUGUUCUUCAUGCCAACUACUAUAUGGGCUCUCUGUUUUAUGCACUAGUCAUACUCCUCGUUGAUGGAUUUCCGGAAUUGGCAAUGACUGUUUCGAGGCUAGAAGCCUUCUAUAAACAAAAGGAGCUGUACUUUUACCCUGCUUGGGCUUAUGCAAUUCCAGCAUCUAUACUGAAACUUCCUCUUUCACUGCUGGAAUCUGUGGUUUGGACAUCUCUUACAUAUUAUGUGAUUGGAUACAGUCCUGAAGUGGGCAGGUUCUUCCGCCAAUUAUUACUUCUUUUCUCUGUUCACUUGUCCUCAAUAUCCUUGUUCCGUUUUCUCGCCUCAAUCUUUCAAACUGUGGUUGCCUCCACCGCAGCUGGUAGUGUUGCAUUACUGAUUUUGAUGCUAUUCGGUGGUUUCAUCAUCCCAAAACCCUCUAUGCCUGCUUGGUUGAAGUGGGGUUUCUGGGUCUCUCCACUAACAUAUGGAGAAAUUGGACUUUCUGUCAAUGAAUUUGAUGCUCCACGAUGGCAAGAGAUACUGUCAUCAAACACUACAGUAGGGAGUGCAACCCUUGAAAGCCGAGGACUAAACUUUGAUGGGUAUUUCUUUUGGGUAUCAAUUGGUGCCUUAUUGGGAUUUACUUUACUGUUCAACAUUGGUUUCACUUUGGCCUUAAGUUUCUUGAAGCCUCCAGGAUCAUCACGUGCUAUCAUUUCGCAUGAGAAGUUCUUGCAUAGUCGUGAAAGUGAAGAUUCUCAUGACAGCAUAAAGCUUGAAGAGACAAAGAAAGUUUCUGCUGAACCUAUGCAAACAAAAAAUGGCAGGAUGGUGUUACCUUUCACACCAUUGAUGCUCAUGUUUAACAAUGUGCAAUACUACAUAGACACUCCUGUGGGAAUGAGAGAACGGGGAUUUGCACAGAAAAGACUGCAACUUCUCUCUGAUAUCACAGGCGCAUUCAGACCUGGUAUUCUUACUGCAUUGAUGGGUGUGAGCGGAGCAGGGAAAACUACUCUGAUGGAUGUCCUCUGUGGGAGAAAAACUACCGGCUAUAUUGAAGGAGAAAUAAAAGUUGGUGGUUAUCCCAAGGUUCAAGAAACAUUUGCAAGAAUCUCUGGUUACUGUGAGCAAACGGACAUACAUUCCCCACAAAUCACUGUGGAAGAGUCUGUCAUAUUUUCCGCUUGGCUUCGUUUAGAUCCUCAGAUUGACUCAAAACGUAAAAUGGAAUUUGUCAAUGAAGUCCUGGAGAUGAUCGAGCUUGAUGAAAUAAAAGAUUCUUUAGUAGGCAUACCUGGUGUCAGUGGUCUGUCCACAGAGCAACGAAAACGACUCACAAUCGCUGUAGAGCUUGUUGCAAAUCCUUCCAUAAUCUUUAUGGAUGAGCCUACAACUGGACUUGAUGCUAGAGCUGCUGCAAUUGUCAUUCGAGCAGUGAAGAACAUAGUUGUUACAGGAAGAACAAUAGUUUGCACCAUCCACCAACCCAGCAUUGACAUAUUUGAGGCUUUUGAUGAGUUGGUUUUAUUAAAAACUGGUGGACGGCUGAUUUACUCAGGACCCUUGGGACAUAACUCGAGCAAAAUUAUAGAUUACUUUGAGAGUAUUUUAGGGGUGCCAAAGAUUAAGAGCAACUACAAUCCAGCUACAUGGAUGCUAGAAGUGACUUCUACCUCAGCUGAAGCUGAACUUGGCAUUGAUUUUGCACAAAUAUAUAGAGAGUCAACAUUAUAUGAGACCAACAAAGAACUUGUAAAGCAGUUGAGCAUUCCACCUCCAGGUACUAGUGACUUGCACUUCUCCUCCCAAUUCUCACAGAACAGGUGGGGACAAUUCAAGUUGUGUCUCUGGAAGCAGUGCUUGUCCUAUUGGAGAAGUCCUCCUUACAACUUGAUGCGUAUUCUCCACACAAUUGCUGCAUCUUUUCUGUUUGGGGUACUGUUCUGGAAGCAAGGGAAGAAACUAAACAACCAGCAGAACUUAUUCAGCGUAUUUGGUUCGAUGUUUAUAGCCGUGAUCUUCUUGGGCAUAAACAAUUGCUCGUCAGUACUACAGUAUAUUGCCAUGGAACGGACUGUCAUGUAUCGUGAGAGAUUUGCAGGGAUGUACUCUUCAUGGGCCUUUUCACUAGCACAGGUGGUUGUUGAGAUACCAUAUAUACUAGCUGAAGCAAUUUCAUUUGUGAUCAUCACCUAUCCGAUGAUUGGUUAUUUUGGGUCAGCAUACAAGAUUUUCUGGUACUUCUAUGUCAUGUUCUGCUCAUUGCUGUCAUUCACUUACCUCGGCAUGCUGCUUGUGUCUCUCACACCAAAUUUCAUGGUGGCUGCAAUUCUACAAUCUGCCUUCUACGCAAAUUUCAAUCUUCUUGCUGGAUUUUUGAUCCCAAAACCGAGAAUUCCAAAAUGGUGGAUCUGGUUGUACUAUGCGUGUCCAACAUCAUGGGCACUUAAUGGUAUGCUAACUUCACAAUAUGGAGAUAUUGAUAAGAACAUAUCGGCAUUUGGAGAAACCAAAACUGUGGUGGCCUUCUUGAAGGAUUAUUUCGGAUUUCACCAUGAUCAAUUGUAUGUUGUGGCUAUUGUCCUCAUUGCCUUUCCUGUUGUUCUAGCCACUUUUGCAUUCUGCAUAGGGCACUUGAACUUCCAGAGAAGGUGACUUAUCACGGUGUAAAAUUUAGUUGUCCAAUCCUCAAAACUAGCCAGAUAAAGUGAAUGGGUUUUUAUGACAAUGGAGUGGCCGCAUUGAAAUGAUUAGCAUUCUGGAUUUAGAAAUGUACCAGUUCCAGUAUGGCCAGGAGGAUUCAGUGCUAGACAGUAUGGACUAUAAUCCCAUGUGAAAUCUCUCCAAGUUCCUGGAACUCUCUCUUGUCGUCAAUUUGUGAUGAUAAAGGGAGUGGGAGCACAUCUCUUGGCUUCAGCCCAUUUUAGGUCUCUAACUGUUACACAGUACAAGAACUUCUCCAAUUCUGGGAGCUUAGCGAAACAAAAGCAUGGUGCCAGUAGAAUCUGCAGUAGAAUCUGCGAAGGGAUGCUACCAUAGAAAUAAAAAAAAAAACAGCACGUCAUUGUCAUCUCCAGAAAACAGAAGAGCCUUCACCAUUAGAUGUUUAAAUAGAGUAAGCACUACCUGUCAGGCAAUUGUGUCAAUCUCUCAUUGCUCUCAUUCCACUAUGCUUGUCAAGCAAUUUGAAGUGUUCAUGGUCUGUAAAUUACAUAUGUCAUGGAGAAUUGACUUAAAGCUAAUUUUGCUGCAAAUGCACUAGCUUCUUAACAUUUCCAUUUUUCUUUCUGUUCUGUUUCUUUUGGUAGCUGCUGCACUACACUUCACUAGACAGCACAUGUUUUCUAAUUACAGUAUCACGACCAAUUUCAUGCAGAAACAUAGAAUCUUUGUGACU